AUGAUCGAAGAAGAAGCUAUCCCCGCCACCACCUCCGAAUGGGCCACGACGCGUGAUGCAGUUGCUGGUCAUGGAAUGAGCGGCGACGGCAGUGGACUGGAUGCUUCAACUCCUGGGACUCUGGUCAUUAUGAAUCAACAUGAGGUUGAUGACAAUGUGCAUGAGGUUGAUGACAAUGUGCAUGGUGAGGAUCAGACUGGGUCACAGUUCAAUGAUGAGGGUAAUGGAGGAGGCGUGGUUCUAAAGAAAGGGCCAUGGACAGCUGCUGAAGAUGUUAUUUUGGUGGACUAUGUCAAUAAGCAUGGAGAGGGGAAUUGGAAUGCUGUUCAGAAGUACUCAGGCCUGUCUCGUUGUGGAAAAAGUUGCCGAUUGCGAUGGGCCAAUCACCUAAGGCCAAACUUAAAGAAAUGUGCAUUUACUGCAGAAGAGGAGAAGAUGAUUGCUGAACUCCAUGCCAAAAUGGGAAACAAAUGGGCACGCAUGGCGGCACAUGUAAGCAUGUUUGUUGAUGAUGCCUAA